AUGGCAGUGUCUCAGACCACUCGGUGGAGGUUGAUUUCUGGGACCUUAGGAGUCAUAUGCCUUUUGUUGACGGUUACUUUGGGAAUUUUGUUGAAACCUUCACAUACUAAAACAGAUACUGAGCCAAUAUCCUCUCCAGGACCCAACAUGGAACUCCAGGAAGGCUCUGACUGCUGUUCUUGCCCAGAGAAGUGGGUUGGGUACCAGUGCAACUGCUACUUCAUUUCUAGCAAAGUGAAAACUUGGAAUGAAAGUAGAAAUUUCUGUGUUUCUCAGAAUUCCAGUUUGCUUCAGCUUCAAAACAGAGAUGAACUGGGUUUUAUGCACUCCAGUCGACACUUUUACUGGAUUGGACUCUCUUACAAUGAAGAACGUGGGGCCUGGCUGUGGGAGGACGGCUCUGCUCCUUCCUGGGAUCUAUUUUUGUCACUUGAAACUCCAUACCCAAUGAAGUGCAUAGCAUAUAAGCCAAUGAAUGGUGUUGUGGAUGAAGCAUGUGAAAAAGAGAAUUAUUACAUCUGUAAAAAAACAGCUUAUUUAAGUGAUUUUUGGGACAGAGAGGUGGGGACUACAGAUCCAGGAUUAUUAUGAAUAAUAUUUUUACCUCAUGUUAUUACUAUUAAUAAUUAUCUAGUUCUUAGUUCUGUAAAAUGUUUCAAACAGUCUUAUACAAUUUUGUAUA